ACUGACUGUUGAACCCUCCUCAGUUCAGGGGAAGAAAAAGUUGGUGAAGAUGUGUGGAAGCUAAGAAAUUGCCCGGAGCCCAGACCCAGUCCUCUGCAGCGGUGCUCAGUCGUUCACUUCACCGGGAAUGAAGAGGAGCAGACCGGCGUGACGGUCUAAACCAUUCUCCAGAAAUGAUUAACGCAGAUGAAAAGGACUUUUAACCCCCCAAGCCAAAUAUAAUCUAUUUCUUUUUCUUUUUUAUUUUAUUUUAUUUUCUUUUAUUGUUUUGCUCUCAGUAGUUUUAAGAUGAGCACUCUUCAGCAGCUUGGAACAAUGGCUUUUUUGAUGAAAAAAAAGAAGUUCAAGUUUCAAGUGAAUUUCACAUUGGAGGAGCUCACAGCAGUGCCUUUUGUCAACGGGAUGCUUUUCUGUAAGAUCCGGCUGAUUGAUGGUGGGGACUUUGCCAUCUUAUCAUCCAGGGAGGAGGUGCAGCAGAACUGUGUUCGAUGGUGCAAGAAGUUCUCCUUUGUGUGUAAAAUGAGUGCCAAUCCAAUCACAGGGGUUUUGGACCCCUGCAUCUGUAGGGUCUCUGUGCGCAAGGAGCUCAAAGGAGGAAAAGCUUUUUCAAAGCUUGGCUUUGCUGAUCUCAACAUUGCAGAGUUUGCUGGCUCAGGCUCCGCAGUUCGUUGCUGCAUCCUCGAGGGCUACGACACCAAAAACACUCGGCAGGACAACUCUAUCCUCAAGGUAAUGAUUGGGAUGACUCUUCUGUCUGGAGAUCCAUGUUUUAAAACGCCUCCGAGCACGGCCAAAUCUGUCUCCAUUAGUGACGAGGACCCCACCCUGCAGCUGGACUGUAAGGGGGAGAGCACUGAUGCUACAGCUCAGCCACUAGGGGGCAUCGUAGAGGGAAGUCGGCACUUUAAACCCAGACAGUCAUCAGUUCGUAGCUCAGGGCUGCCUGAAGAGGGAGAAAGUGUGUCCAGCCCAGAUGAGGUCUUUCACACCGGUCAUGUCCGUAGUUCCAGUUAUGCCAGCCAACACAGCAAGAUAUCAGGCUACAGCACAGGUCACUCUCGUUCAUCCAGCCUGACUGACCUAAGUCACCAUCGUAACGCCUCCUCCAGCAGCAGCGUCUCCUGCGGGUUGGCCCACGCCGCCCAGCCACCUCCCUCCACCCCCACCGAGAUACACAGACAAGCGACUCCCACCAAACCAGAUAGACCUCCUCCACCGUCUGCAGCUGCCCUCAUGACCAACAGAUCCUCCAGGAGGAAGAAGGACACUGUGGAGAAGCAGCACAGCUGUGUGGAUGACACCCGCAUUGACGCUGGCCAAAUUGUGGAGAAGAUUGUUCAGAGCCAGAACUUCUCCGACAGCAGCAACAAUGAAGACAGCAACUUGAGAUUGUUUGUAAGUAAAGAUGGUACGACUGCCCUGAGUGGGACACAUCUCACCAACAGAGUGACACCAGGUAUAUUUGAGCCUGUGGUGAUCGAGACACACUGAGACACAGACUUCGCUCUGGUUUAAAUGCUCCAAUGACAUCUGAUUGUCUGUGACCGCACCAGUAUGUGCAUGUUUGUCAUCAGGACACAUGACUGGAUAUAAGACUACUAUGAUAUAGAUAUAACCUAUAAAAUAGGGCUCAUGUGUAGGUGUACAUUUGGUGGUGGUCGGUACAUUGUCUAACAUGAUUACUGUAUUUUCUCAAAUAGUGGACCGGCCUUUAUUUAUAUAUAGUAAAGAAUGGACCAAAGAACUGAACUAGAGGAUUUCACAGGAGGCAGGCCUCUGAUUUCAUAAUAUUUCACAUGGAGCGGCUCUAAUAUUAUUGUGCUAUUCUGCCAUUUUUCCCUGUCACUUCGCACAGUCGUCAACAUCCUGUUACUUUAUGUGCUGGGCUAGUUAAAUUUAAGGCAUAAAUAAGUAGUUUUAUGAUAUUCAUGCACGCUAAUUACUUUUCACUCCCUGACACUUAUUUGGAAACACUCUGUAGGGAACAAUAUGUCAAAUGUAAGUAGUAUAACGGGUCUCUGUUUGCCUGAGUGCCAGCUCCUACUUGAGAAUUUACAGUAAUCCAUAACUCUAGAGGUUUUUCUUUACAUUGGGUGUCUCAAACGAAUCACUGGUGCCCAUCAAUUGUGAACUUUCCAUGAAAUCAAACGUUUUCUGUACAGUUUAAUACUUUUGAGGAGGACAGGCAGGUCAUGCAGGUCAGUGACUCCUGAGCCUCCCAAAAGACAUUGAAAUAUCCUCCAAAUUCAGACUGAAUGGAGUUUCAUUAUUUACUAAACAAGGGACCAGUCUGAAAAACCAGUGUACACAAUACUUGAACGAUACCCAAAAAGCCACUGCAUUGUGGGAAUUGUAGUGCAUCACUGACUAAAAUGUGUGUUUCGGAGGUCCUUGUCAACUUGUGAGUUUUAGAAUUUCUGAGUUUAUUAUAGGAACUGGUAUUCAUUCAGCUGAUGGUACAACAGAGUCAAUACCAGUGUUGAUUUAUCAUAGCCAGUGUUUUACUUUAAUGUAUGAUUGUCCACUGGUAAGAAGUAAUGUCUAGACACAGGUAUUUUUGACUGAACUUGUUGAAGAGGACCCACUGAACACGGUGCCAUCAGAGGCUCGUACUGCCUCUGUGCAGACCUAAUCAAUCAGCCUAGAACUGGAACAGAAGCUUUUUUCAUUUAUUUUAUUCUAUUUGAUCACUGUAUGUAUGUACCAGUUCUACUAUUUUGCACACAUCUAUUGUUGGAGGAGGAAUAUUAUAGAAACCACUAAAAGAUAAUGGAGAUGUGAUAGGUGUCUGAAAUGACUUCAUGAUGUCUGCUUGUCUAAAUAUCUUUAUUCUUUUCUGUGUCUCAUAUCAAGGCCUGGGGUCUUGGUAAAGGAUAAAAUGUGAUUUAUCAAUCAAAGGUUACUCCAAUAACACAUCAGUUAAGCGUGCGUUCAUAUGGCUGGCCAUAUGAAACUGUCCACUGUCUGCUUUCACUAAGUAUGUAACCACUCACAGGGUGUUAAUAUGCUUGUAAACUAAUAGGAAUGUAACAUGUUGUGUAGGUGUGCUUACCUCAACAUAUUCACUGAGAAACAUUUUAAAAUUCUUGGUCAGAUACUAAAAUCUGUGUCCCAAUAUACACACAUGCAAACCAAACAAAGAAAGUAGGAAUCUAUGAACAGGAGAGCUGUUAAAUUAUGUUACACUGAAAUACUCAACGGACAAAUUACACUGGUCAACAAUGGUGAAUUCUGGGAGAAAAAUGAUAGUAUUGACCAAAAUCAAGGUUGCUAAUGGAAGUCUGAAAUCAGAAUUUCUCCAGCAUGUCAGGAUUUUGACUUAAGCACAAAUCAGUAUGUAUUCAUUAUCAGCACAUCCACCAGUGUUUUAGUUCUAUAAAGUGAUCAGAAUUAAAAUGAUUCAAUUCCUGAAAGAAAAAAUCUUUUGCAAAGCUAGAAUUGGAGAACUCAUUGGUGAUCCAAUAUUACCUUGGAGAGAUUACGAUUUCAGAAUUGGAAUCUGCAUACCUUAUGUAGUUAAGAUAAGACAUAGAAGAGAAAACUUUAUUAUUUUAUUGCCCAGUACUAUCCAAAGCUGCAUAACUUAUUUUUUUUGGCUACAUGAGGGAAACACAACAUAUGCCAUCCUUGCAAGUAUUUUCCUAAUACCACAGUCAGCUGACACAGAACCACACAGGAUCAUUUAUGUGUGUACUUUUUAGGUGUUUCGAUCCCCAUUAUAGAAUAUGAGUUAAAUACUAACACUCCAUUUACCCCUACUCCUCACUGGACGUUUAGCUAAAUGUGUCAGUGCUGUUUGGUGGAGAGCAGGGAGCAAACAGUGGGGUUUUAUGGAGACACUUGCAAGAAACAAGAAAUUUUAAUAGUCAUCAUUUGUCCACUUGGGGGUAAACUUAUCCUGUAGCCUCAUGAAAUACUAAACAGUAAAGAGACUAAAUGUUUCAGAGGAAAAUAAUAUGCGUUUUACUUCACAGUAUUCAUCUGACAGUUUUAAAUAGAGCUGAAAACAAUGAUUCAUCUCUAAUUUAGAAGGUAGUAUUUUCAUCACAGACCAUUUAUCAUACUCACAUAAACAUUUCCUCAGUUAUAUGUAAUAAUGGACUGAAUAUGUUUCUUUUAAUUUUUAUUUUGGCUGUUUUAUCAGGCAGUUCUAAGAGUAAUUUGGGAGAUUUUUUAUGCACAAAAUAUAAUAUAAAAAGAAUAUAUGCAACAGAAUGACAUUUUACUUUUGCUACAGUACUUUUUGAAAGAACUUUAGUAUUUCCAGAGUAUUUUCUUUGGGAAGUAUCAGAGUCUGCCUACUUUUUCACCUCUGGUUGCUAAAAUAUCAAAUUUGAUCAGCACACAUUUGCACUUUGACAUUUUGAGCGGUUUUUAUGCGCUGAGGCGAGCCGCAAUAUCCAUGAAACUGUUAUGUGAGGAGCAGAUUCCUGCUAUGUCUCUGUUAAUUGAGAGGUUUGUGUUCGGAGCUGACAGUGACAGCUCUGGUGUUGGUGUAUCGGCCGCUGUGAGGUCAGUCACACAGCUGCAGGAGCACAAAGCGCCUGUUGUACUGACAAUGUACAGCACAUCCUCACCCCCGUGCCACCCGUUUAUACAGUGUGUCUGUUUGUCUGCUGUAAUGUUUAUGUUAAUUCUCUGUGUUGGUGCUGUAUGUUUGUGUUUCUGUGCUUUUUUUCUGAAGAUGUGUGCGGGCCAUGCAUGUCUGAAUAGAAAUAUUGCAAACUAGAAGUGUCUGUUUUUCAGAUUAUGUUCCGAAAACACAGCAGUACAACAGGGAAAAUACGGGGUAGAACUAACUCAUACGGUAGUAAUGAGAGGGUACAUUUUUAACACUUAAAGACCAAAAACUAUUUUUGUGGUGACUUUCAAAUGAAUUUUUCUGUACGUUUAACCUUUCCUAUGUGAUUUAUCAUUCAUUCAUUAUCUUAUCCUCUGCAUUUUUCAAUGAAAACUCAAUAUUUUCCUACAUUAAAUGUAGUAACCAUGUUUAUUUUCAUGAAAGCUCAGUGUUUAGUCAAAGAUUAUUAUAUUACAACAGAGAUAACCUGAGAAAUCAAUUAACUUUUUCAACAAAAUAUCAUUAAUUGAGCUCAAAAACAAGCAUCUACAGCCACUGCCAUUUAUCAAAUAACAUGCUUUUUUAAGUGAAUCACAUGACAGUGUUUCCAUGUUCACUGUAAAGCCUCUGAACUUCCAAUUGGUUCAUAUCUGAUACCACUAAAAAGCCGAGAAAUUGCAUUUUACCUGAAUUACUAUAUUGAUAGGAUUAAUGGAUCAGAAGUUCUUAAACAUGUGAGAUCAGUAGAUGCUUUUGGUCGCUGGCGGCUGUUAAAGCCUUUGAGGGUUAAUAUUGAGGUUUUUAUUUUUUGUUAUCUUUGCAUCAACUUUUAGUAUCAGCUACAUUCAACUUUUAAAGCAAUGCUUAUAUUUCUGCACAGGUGUUUGAAUCACGUAGAAAUAUGCAAAGUCACCUGAUUUCAGUGCGAUGUUGCAUCUACAGCAUUUAGAGAUACAAGUACUUGGAGGGGGAAGUAGUUUUCAGUUUGUACACCACUGUGAGUGGAUGGACCAAAGGUGUUUAACUUAAUUCCAUGUGAAGCUUUGAAACCAUUGCAUUUGAACAGGUUCUUUGUACUUUGACUUGUCGUCUCCUCCAACAUUUGUUCACUUCUUUAUUUUGCUUUUCAGACCAGCGGGCUGGUCUACAGUUAAUGUACAGGGAUGUAUGCAAAACUUAACAUUGUCAUUGUUUGGUGAGAUGGAGAACUCAUACACUAAAGGAAACAGUUGUGUCGGUGAAUCGUCUGCUACUGUGAUUCAUUCUCUUCUUUGUUCUCUUCCUUUGUACUUGACUAUGUGUAGCCUGUAAACUUAUUAACUACCUGUAUACAACUAAUUGCUUUUUUGCAUGAGGUGAAAGGGUUUGGUUGAAUUUAAAGGGAUUUUUGCUUCAUUAGAUUAUGAUUAUACUGCAUUUGCUGCAGUGUUGCUAAUUUAAUUUACAUAUUAUAGAGGUUCUGGUUAAAAAAAGAUCUUAAUCAUAUGAAACAUAAACUGAACCUUUACAUGUGAAAAAAAUAAAUAAAAUUAUAAGAAAUGUAUAAGCUUUUUGGGAAAAACCUCUGACAAUGUUUCCACUGUGGUUCUGUAAUUAAACCUCCUUAAACUUACAAAUGUAUAUGAUUAAUAAAUAUCUAUAUGUAAAUUAAUAUUUUAUUGGAACACUUGGAGUGGUAAAAAUCAUUCUAUUUUUAAUGUGUUUUCUGAAAGUUUGUUGCUCCAAAGAAAACUAAUUUUCAACUUGGUGUCACAAGACCAAAAAAUACAGUAUGUGAAAGUUACAUCAAGAGUUGAGAUCAUAUGUCCAUUAAGUAACUGCACAUAUAUUAACAAAACCAGCGCUGAAGAGCCUUAAAUUAUGACUUGCAAAAACAUGUAACAAAUAAAAUGGAAAACUGGAAUCAUUUUCA